AUGAGUUCUAUUUCAUGGCUGUUCCAGGUUGCCUAUUUCGACGUCGGAUUAAAACAGUGCCGAUUCACCUCUGAUACUAGUCAGUCGCCUCGACUUCCCUGCAGUAAUAUCCAUGCCAUUGAAAUGAAGGAAGGAAUUGCAGUGCUGGAUAAAGUCAAGAGAUAUUGUAUGCAAUGUAGACAUGCUGUUAUGGGCGGUUCGUCAAGAGAGGAUGAGCGGGAUUCACUGAAGCAAGUGCAUUCGAACAGAGGUCAAGGUCGAACAGAUUCAUUUUCACCGUUUGACGCGAAAUCGUUGAAUGUGAGGCACCUACCUCGACGACCUCUCGACAUCAUUCCUCCUACGCGAAGAAAAAUCAUGCCUCAAACUCUGUCGAGACUCCUCCAUCCUAUUAGCCGCCAGGCACCCACAUACCCACCAAAAACGCGGAACAUUUCACGACAGCUGAGCAUGAACUAUGGCAACACUGCGAAACGAACUAGUAACCCUGAAGAAGUGAGUUUCCAUAUUGCUGGUUCCACUAAUUAA